UUAACUAGCGUUAGCUGUAAUUAACCCGACAGAUUAAGGGAGACGAGCUCUAUGAAGUUGUUAAAGAAAAAACAGGAUUAAUCGUCCAAAACGUGUGUGGUUCGACAUCAUGUCAGAUGCUGAAGCUAAGAAACAUCAGCCUUCCACAAGCGUUAAAGUGGAAAAGCAAAAAUGGCAGGACAAUCGACCAGCAGGUAAUGAUGAAGAGGAGCAGAGGAAGAGCAGUGAUGAAGCCGAGGAGAGUGCCACAGUCAGGAGAGAGGAAACAGAGCCUGACACACACAAGAUGGGCUGGCAGUCUCAAGUCUACACUGCAACCAGAGACACACUUUUCCCAAAGAAGAUAACUCAACCCAGAACACAUGCACUGUCACUAGAAUGGGUAUUUGGGAUGAAUCCUGCCCUUCCUGUCUUCAGUCUGCAAGACCAUGAUCAGCUGGUGGUCCUCUAUGCUGGUGCUCACGUUGGGAUCAUAUACAAUCACACCUCAAACUCCCAGCACAUACUUCAGGGUCACUGUCGCCCCAUCUCAUGCAUUUGUGUGAGUGAAGACAGACGCUGGGUUGCGACUGCAGACCAGGGACCGAAAAGCACGGUGAUGAUAUGGGAUUCCUACUCUGGUAUUCCUGUGCAUACAUUGUUUGCUUGCCACCCUGAUGACAGUGUCAUUUCGAUGGCAUUUUCAAGAGACACAAAACAUCUGGUAACCCUUGGGGCUGAAGAAGUUCAAUGUGUGUGUGUUUGGGAUUGGACAAAUGAAACAGAAAAGCCUUUGUGGUUUACUGAAAUAAAUCCUAUACAUGGUUUUCAAGAGUACAUCAUUUUUAAUCCAAAUGAUAGCACACAGCUCCUCAGCAACAGUGAAAGUCAUGUGUUAUUCUAUAGCAUGGCCCAGGGAAGCCUGCAGUGCUUUGCCCUGAAGCUUAAGGAGUUCUGUGAUGCAGCCACCAGUCGAACGGAUCCUCCCGUGAUUACUCAGUCUUCUCUUGAUCCUUCUCAAACUGUCAACAUGGAUGGCAGGCCUCUGAGUCGGUCUGUGUUUCACUGGAGAGAGCCUCAGGUCCUAACAGCCACUGGGGCAGGCAGCCUUGUGGUGUGGGAUGUGAUGGAAGACAUAGCUGGGAACCAGCACCUUCCUCAGGAUGGAUUCAAGCUCAUUAAGCUUCAGAAAGAUCCAAUUACUGUUCUCACUGUAACUGACAGCUGCUUCGUAACUGGUGACACUCAAGGCCAUAUCAAGUUUUAUGAUGAAAACUUCAUGCUUCUCACUUGGUACAGUGAAUUCAACCUGGAUGCUAUUGUGUCCAUUUCCUUUUCCAAAGAGUGUACAGAUGGAUAUCUGGAGGACUGCACUCUGGAGGCCAAACCAUUAAUCAUCAGGAACUUUGUUGUGUCCACGGUCAGUUCCAUAGUAGUUCAUGUGAAUACACAGAAAAGCAUCCCUCAGAUCCUGCUGCAUGAGGAGUGCAACCUUCUACAUGCAGUAGCCUGCCACCCCAAACGGCCAGCUGUGGCCAUGGGCAAUCAUGCGGGCAUUUUAAAGGUGUGGGACUACAACAACAAAGUGAUCAUCAGCAAAAGGGUCUUUGAGACAGAGAAGCAGAUCCAGUGUAUCACCUUUGACCCUCAAGGAUUAUACCUGGCAGUUGGCUUUGGCAGUGGCUCUGUUCACAUACUGAAUCCCAGCACUUUACAAAGUGAUCCCGCGGAGUGUUUCCAUUACACUGAAGACAGCAUCCAUCACAUCACCUUCUCCUCAGACUCAAAGUAUCUUGCCACUGCGGAUUCUGGAAAUGCAGUGACAGUGUUCCGCUUGCAGACUAAUAAAGGCUCUUCACCUCGUUGGACGUAUCUGGGCAGGUACCGCUCCCACUACAAACCCAUCAAAGACCUUCUUUUUGGGGUUCACCUGGACAGCACCCAACCCAGACUGCUCUCUCUGGGAAUGGACCGCCGCCUGGUGGAGUACGACUUGGAAAAAUCUGGUUUGAACCAGCUCCUCAUCUUGAGCUCAGAGCGCAUUGAGCAAAGUGCUGUGCCAAUGUGCAUGACUUGGUAUCCUCCCCUAACGGCAGAGCAAUUUCUCCUCAUUGCUUCAGACCAGUACAAGAUGAAGCUUUUCAACAGCACGACCAAGAUGUGCAGAAAGACUCUCCUUGGCCCAACAUACGACUCUCCCAUUAAACAAAUAAUGGUUCUUCCCAUGUUAAAAGAACCUGAGACAAACUCGUAUUACCUGGCGUACAUCACAGAGGACAAGGUGGGUCUCCAGAUUUUGCCUCUGGAUGGGAACCCCUACAAGUCCAAUGCUUUGAUCUGCCACCCGACAGGGGUGUCUGCUUUUGCCUGCUCCUACGACGGCCGAUUUGUUUUUACUGCAGGAGGAUCUGAUUGCACUGUACUGUCAUGGGAAAUAGGCAUAAAUGCCUUGGAGGCAGCAGCCUCCCUGGGAGGAAAGGGCGUGGUACCUUUUUACACUCUUUUAGAGGGAGGGAGAGAUGGCAAGUUCUACAGGGAGAUUGAGGACCUUUUUUAUUACUGCCAAGUCCGUCAUCAAGGCACUGACUCAAUGGAGAAACGUCAAGUGUCAACCAAAGUUCCCCUAUCAGAGGUUCCCUCUCUAAUGAGAGCUUUGGCCUACUUCCCUACUGAGCAAGAGAUAGAAGACAUGCAAAAUGAAGUCAAGUUCAGCAAGUAUGCCGAAACAGGAAAAUAUGUGACAGACAUCGACCUGGAGGAGUUUAUCAAGCUGUAUGUCAACCAUCGGCCAGCAUUCGGCAUUUCUCGAGAUGAACUUGUGCAAGCUUUUCACAUCCUUGGUAACCGUGACAGUAAAGGACGACCUGUUCUGCAGAGACAUGAAUUGCUAGAACUCCUACAGGCUCGAGGAGAACACAUGACAGAGGAAGAGGUAGCAGAGUGUUUCACUACACUUUUAGGUCUAAAUGAAGAAGAAGAAGAAGAA